UCGACUCAUCCUGUUCCUCCUCUCCGAAAAAGGGUAACCCCCUGUUUCUCUCUCGUCCUAGGGAGGAAAUCCCAGAGCCUCGCGCGCCUCCAAGAUGGGGCUGCUCAGCCUCAUCCGGAAGAUCAAGCGCAAGGAGAAGGAGAUGCGCAUUCUCAUGGUGGGUCUGGACAACUCAGGGAAGACAACGAUCGUGCUCAAGAUCAAUGGGGAGGACACGAGCGUCAUCAGCCCCACCCUCGGCUUCAACAUCAAGGCCAUCAAGUACCACAAGUACUCCUUGAACAUUUGGGAUGUUGGGGGACAGAAGACUAUCAGGUCUUAUUGGAGGAAUUACUUUGAGCAGACUGAUGGACUAGUUUGGGUAGUUGAUAGUUCAGAUAUCCGAAGGCUUGAUGAUUGCCGUGCUGAACUCCACAAUCUCUUGAAGGAAGAGAGACUAGUCGGAGCUUCAUUGUUGGUGUUUGCAAACAAGCAAGACAUUCAAGGUGCUCUUCAACCCGCAGAAAUUGCUAAGAUCCUGAAUUUGGACGCCAUGGACAGAAGCAGACACUGGCGGAUCGUAGGCUGCAGUGCCUACACCGGAGAGGGGCUCCUUGAUGGUUUCGACUGGCUGGUUCAGGACGUUGCUUCUCGGAUCUACGUUCUGGACUGAUUCAUCAUUGCUUCCCGCAACAUAGGAAGCGGUUGGAAAGCGACUGUAUCUUUACCCAUUCGCUGUAUAUCAAAUAUCAGUGCACUUAACUAAAAAUAUAUCUAUAUCACUCUGGGCAAUAAAGUGGGGUGAUGGCUUUCCAUUUGCAUCAAAAUAUAAA